UAGCGCGGUCCCGAUCACCAGGGCGGUUGCAGAAAUAAAAUGUAUAUAAAUCUCCGCAGAAAACCCAAAACAAAUUGCCAACACCACCUCUAGUAGUCAGUCCACUGUAUCUGUAUACAUCCCAAUCCAUCAUCCAUGGCCUCGAUUUUCGUUCCAGAACCUCCGCUCCUCCCUCUCUCUGCGUCUUCCGCUUCUGCUCCGGCCAAUCGGCUGCAGUGCUUGCCGCUGCUAUCUCGUCCGGGUCGGAGGCUCUUCCCGAUUUACGUCGCCGCUUCGGGUCUUCGGAGGUCCUUCAAUGUAGCCGCCGGCGCCACCUUCAUGCCUAAUUCCGUACCGGAGAAAACUGGAGUUUUCACGGUUGGCGAUUUUAUGACGAGAAGAGAGGAUUUGCACGUGGUGAAGCCUACAACGACUGUGGAUGAAGCUAUAGAGCUUCUUGUCGAAAACAGAAUCACUGGUUUUCCGGUGAUAGACGAUGACUGGAAAUUGAUCGGUCUUGUCUCAGACUAUGACUUGUUAGCACUGGACACUAUCUCAGGUAGCGGAAGAACUGACAACAGCAUGUUUCCAGAAGUUGACAGCAGUUGGAAAACUUUUAACGAGGUAGACUUGCUCAGUAAAACCAAUGGUCGGGUGGUGGGUGAUGUGAUGACACCAGCCCCAGUUGUUGUUAGUGAAACGACUAAUCUUGGGGAUGUUGCUAGAUUAUUGCUGGAGACAAAAUAUCGCAGACUUCCAGUUGUAAAUGAAAGCGGCAAGCUGAUAGGAAUUAUUACAAGAGGAAACAUCAUACGAGCUGCCCUUCAAAUGAAACAUGCUAGUGAAUUGAAAACAUAACACCAAGACAAGCAGGGAUCAAAGUCAUUUCCGGAUGUUUAUGUGCUGCAAUCAUAGACGAAAUUGAAGGAAUUGGUCUGCUUUAUAGGUAGCAAUUUUGACAAAACGUCUGUAUAAUUUGGCAAUGAGAUUGUAUUAAUAAUGAAUUAAGCGGGAAUAGAAAGAAAAUAAUGUGGGUGGGACCCUACAAGUCCACAUUGUCUAACGGCUGGAAAUCUCUCAUGCACUUGAGCGCGACUCAUCUUCACAACAACUUAGUCCGGAUGCUGUCGUGUCUCGUUGCGGAUUUACUUGGUCUGUGUGAGCGUCGUUAGCCAUCUUAUCGAUAACCGGUGUUUGUUGAGCGUAUACCAUGGGAUUGAUUCAUGAUUAAUUGCCAAAUUCGCGGUACCAGUUGUUAAACAACAUAGUUGAAAUGUGGAGGUUGUGGAAGUUAGCCAAU